AUACACCACCAAUCAACCCCCCUCCCCCUGCAACGAGAAGUGUGCCGAUAAGCCGAAAAAUGUUAUUACACUGCUUGCAUGCUAUUCUGUUAUAAGCAAUGUGCUGUUUUUGUAUUAAUAUUGUGUUUUGUAUCACCAUGUGAUUACAAUGUUUUGAUAGGUAAACAGGGCAGCUUAUAAAACAGAACGUAGGACUACGACUGGUAGUUAAAUGGAACUGUGCGGUGCAUAUGCAUGUGUACAACAACACUGUCAACAGGUGUAUUGUAAUGAUGGCAAAUUUCUCAAGUUUUGGUUUUCUUCAAGUGACACUGCACCCAUUUUCAAGAAUUUUAAAUAAUGCAGCAAAUAUGUACAAUGUUCUUAUUCGAUUUUCCUUUAAGGAUAUUCUUAAGACAUUUUUAAAUUUUUGUCUUACUAUCGUGAAUAUUUAUCGGCAUGGUUGUAAUUUUCAAAACUUUCAAGCUAAAUUGUAUGUGAUGUUUUAGGAAUUAAAAAUUGAUUCAGCAUGCAGAAAGUGAAAGACGCUAUAGACAGACUGAAUAAUGCAUUGGAUGGUCUGUCAUCAUCAACAACAAGUACUCAAAAUAAUCCAAAUCAGAACAUCUUCCAGAGUCCAAACUCACAUCCAAGUCCAAACUUACAUCCAAGUCCACAACAUCAGAGAAUUCUACAAGAUUUCAAUAAGCAAUUUCCAGCGUUGAAUGCUGGUGGUAGCCGAUAUCGCCCACAAGCAAAGAAACCACGUCUCUCUAAUAACUUCAUUAAGGACACAUGGACCCAUAAAUUCUGUGCACUGAGCUACAAAGAUACAUCAGUUUCACCUAAUACACGUGAAUUAAUGGAGCUAAACCAAGUUGGUCUCGGAAUUGAAAAAGUUGUUUUUCCUUCCAAAACUGGAACACAUGCUAUGCUUCUGGAAGAGUUAACAAAAGCUUAUCCAAAAUUAUCAUCACAGAGUGGUGGCAUUGAACUUCUGAGGGCUGAGAGUGGUGGAAUAAACCGACCAUUGGUGUUGAUACCACCAAGAAAAGAUGGUUAUUCUAUCAGCUAUUUAAAAAAUUUAGUACCCGGUCACGCUGUAAUAUACAUCAGACCAGUGCAGAGCGACUUACCAAUGGAGGAACCAACUAUGGAUUCAGGUAUUGAAGUUAACUGUGUACGAUGUAAUCAGAAAUAUCCGUUAAAUGAUUUAAGAUUCCAUCAAGCUUAUUGUCAACUUGAUGAUGACAUUUUUCCAGAGAUGAUAGACGAUGAAGCUGGGCCAUCGAAUGAAAAAGAAGUAGGAAGUACUUCUCCCCAUAUCGAUACUUUGUCGGCAAUGUUUCCUCGAAUCUCUAAAGCCACAAUUCAGGACAUUUUACGGAAUACCAAAUCUAUCGAUGUGGCAGCCAAUAUUUUGAGUGAGAAAAGUGCAAGUGAAAAUAUGUCUGACAUGCUGCAAAUUAAAUGUGUAGAUAAGGACAUGUCUUUAAAAGAAAUUCUCAAUCAAAUUACAUCUCUUGCUUCAGAAAAUGAUACAAUCACUUUGGAAAUUGAACGUGACAAUCUUUGGAUGGAAUCCUUGAGAUUUUACAAAAGGAACCUUGUGAAUUCUCAAGUUAUGACCAAAAAAUUGAUCAUUGAGUUUAAAGGAGAGGACGGCCUUGAUGGUGGGGCAAUGAAAACCGAAUAUUUCAACCUUUUGUUAGAAGAAGUUAAAAAUCGUCUAUUUGAAGGUGAAAAUAACAGUUUGUUGCCUGUGAAAGACAUCACAAAAGCUGUGCUUUUCAAAGUUGCUGGUAUGAUUAUCGUACAUUCAUUGAUUGCUGGUGUUGACACCGGCUUCCCAGUAUUAGCAAAACCAUACUUUUUACACAUGUGUGGUAGAGAUACCGACAGUUUGAUUGAAAGUUUGAAUAAAAGCCACAUACCAGCAAAUGCAACAACUGAAAAUUUGAUUGAAUUGAUUGAAUCACUUGAUCAAUGUAAAACAAAGGACGAUAUAGACAAACUGCUUUACAAGGACAAUCAGAAGCAAGAUGUGUUUUGGUCACUUAUUAAUUCUGCGCAUUGGCCUGCCGACAAGAAUAUUAACAAAGAAAAUGUCCCAUUACUGGUUCAACAACUCAUUUUGAAUGAUGUGAUAUUGUCACGCCGAAACUCUUCAGACAUGUUAUUCGAAGGUUUGAGCUCGUGCAAUUUCUUGAAUACGAUUCGGUGUCAUUGGAAAGUUAUGGAUCAAAUAUUUUGUGCUGGUUAUCGCAUGAUUGAGAGUAAAGAAUUUAUCAAAUGUUUUAGUUUUGACGAACCAACUUCCUUCGUGGAGACACAGGCAAAGAAAUUUUUUCUGUCGUUUAUUGAAAAAAGUGACAGUAUGACAUUGAGUAAAGUACUUGCCUUCUGUACUAGUCAUACAGUUGUUCCACUGGAUGGUAUGAAAAAUGAAAUCAGAGUGAAAUACAUGUCGGAUGAUGAAAAAAACAGUAUGUGCAAAUCCUCUGCAUGUUUAAAAAUAAUCUACCUACCUACAGUUCAUUCUGUAGAAAAGGCGUUUCACAAUAUGUUGGCAACAGCUUUAGCAUGUGAAUCAAAGGGAUUCGCAAAUCCAUGAUAAUUGUAAAUUUUUAGGGGCACUAACGAGUUUAUUUUUUUCCUUCAAGGUGAUCGAUUUUUAGCUUAUGUUGUCAUUGUUCUUAUUAUGUUGUCAUUGAGAAAAAAUGCCGAUUUUUUUUCUUUUUCUUCCAAAAUAUGCCUCACUUCUAUAAAACUGAUUUUUUUUCUGGUGGGGGGGAAUAUAAAAAUCCUGUCAGUCCUAUGCAAGAAUUCUUCCAGUGAUAUACAUACUUUUAAUGAUCAGAUUGAUUAUGAUUAGUCUCGAAUUUAUGACUGACUUGUACGCUCCUUGAAGUCUAUAUAUACUGCACAUGCAUUUAUAAGUUCGUCUUUUUGUUGUUCUAUUUUGUUUGUUUUCUAACUUUUAUAUGGAAAAGAUGUAUGGUUAUAGUCGUGAUCAAGUUACGCAUUGCAUUAUCAUUCAGCUGUGCUAACCAAGAAGAUAUUUUUCUUUUCUUUUUAUUUCACAAGGGUUAUGUUUGUUAUUUUGUUCUUUAUGUGAAAAAAUGUUCUACUUAUAUACGGUCGACUCACUCAGAGAAAGUUAUUUAAAAACAGAACUGUUAUCGUUAAGUAACUUUUAAACAUAUUUCGAACAUUUUGGAGGGAAUUUCGUCUGGCAUUUUUAGGAUUUAUUGUAUGAUUAAACAAACAAGUGGUUUUGUUGACAUUUCGUGUACUUAUGCAGUACUUUUAUUUUUCAGAAUAUAACAUGAAUAUACAACAAUUGA